GAGUCAAUAAGAGUCCGGUUCUGCCAUGCGAAUGUGCUUCAAGUAUUCUUCCCCGCCUUGCAUAUCCUUUUCCCUGUCAUUGGCUUACACUCGCUUUCUGCCGUCACUGACAAAUAAAAUACCAGUUCUUUGGUUUCAGGGAUAUGGACACUGGAAGAGGAUGCAGGAUGAAAUGCCGUUAGAUCCGGAGCAGUUGGAAUUAGUAUUCGACUCGUUAGAUGCUGACGGUAAUGGAUAUCUCACUUUCGACGAAUUUAUUCAUGGAUUCGGUAUUUAUAUAGAAAAUGACCCGUCCGAGGUUGAGACAAUAGAUACGAAUACCCAAGAAGUGAAAAGUAGAACUUCAGAUGGUGAUGAACGAGAAGACGAUGAAAACUUCAUGCAGCUGUUAGACGGACUUGGAGGUCAAACGAUAUCUGCAUAAUGUUUUGCGCAUUCAUUUUUACAAUGUUCUUUCAUUAAAGCGAAAAGUCUGUCAAGCUUGCUGUGGGACCAUUUCCGCCAAGACGCGCCAGACGCUGGAUUUGAAUUUGAAAAAUUUCUUUCCAGCAUCUCUGACAGCAUCCACACCAAGGAGAAGGAGAAGUUGAAUAUGGAGGUGUUCAUCAGAACCCAGCAGGAGACGCGCGAGGAAGAACUGAAACGCCUUUACGAGGAAAUGGAGCGGCAAAUUGAAGAGGAGAAGGAACUUGUCAUUCGAAUGGAAAGGAUGAAGGAGUCUCAACUGAAGAGCGACAUGCGAGAAGAAAUUGCCAAAAAGGAUCUUCUGCUGGCACAACUGCAAAUGCAGGAAAAAGAAUUACAAGAGGAGCUCAGUCGCCUGCAGGUGAACGAAGCCACCAAUAAGCACGAUCUAACACUCCUAACCAAAGAGAAGAGAUCUCUGGAAACCCAAUUGGAAAUUCAAACAAGAAACGCCGAGGAAUUGCGGACGGCUCUUGAGAGGUUGCGACGGGAGAGUGUUAGUGAACGACGACAGAGGGCCAUGUCAGCCCUGCAAGUCGCGGAAAACAUCGCCGUCGAGCGUGAAGGACUGGUCGAACAAUUGUCUUUGCUUCGCACGAUAAACACUCGGUUGACGGAUGAAAAUGACCUGCGUGAUUACGGCAAUAGCAGCAUUGACACUAACGAUGAACCUGCCAGCAUUGCUAGAGAAAUGGAAGAGGCCGCAACAUUGAACUCUGAUAACCAUCUCCACUUCUAUUCCAGACUUUUUGAUGAGGAAUUCGCGGAACAUGCGGAUAACAUCGAUAUUAUGUUCGAUUUACCUUUGCGCAAGGAACCCGACGUCACGGGUAGCCAAUCACAAAAGACGAAGAAAAACAGCUUGUUUGACGAGCUGGCCAGUGCACUGAAUUUCGAUUCUCAAUCUUCUUUAAAUGGAGCGGAAAAUAAUCUACUCGAUGGGCCGGAAGAUAGUCUCCUGAGAAGCACGUCCGGUGGCUCCCGUGAAACGAAUGGCUUCGUUUGCCCGUCAUUAGUAGGAUCAUGCCCUAUUCAGUGUUCUGUUCGACUAAAUGGAGAGAGCAAGUCCGAGGGAAGCCUACAACAAGAAACAUUGGGCAACUUGUUUGUUGAUCGGCCAGAAGAAUGUUUGCCAACCUCUUUACGCGGUGAGACUAAGCACAGUGUCACGUGGUCGACUAACGUGCAUCCGCCUUCCAGCCGAACGAACGUCAAGAGCAUUUGCACAGUUGAAACUAGCUUGCCAUAUUUUCAGUUCCCAAACGGCUCCAUGUCUUACCCCGACUCGCUAAUCGGAUAUCACAACGGUCAAUGGAUUAAUCGGGUUCAAUUGCGAAAGAGUGAACCUAUUACUCCGUCGGCCGUCUUCAAGAUUAUCGUCUUAGGAGAAAGUGGUGUUGGGAAAACUUCGUUUAUUCGCAGGUUCUGUUGUGAUGACUACGUCGGAUCACGAUCGGCCACGGUCGGGAUCGAUUUGAGCAUCCGUUGCUUGCCGGUCGGAGACGACAGCCAGUACUGCGCACUCCAGUUCUGGGACACUGCAGGCAAACGCAACAGACAAGAGAAAUAUCGCAGCAUUAGUCAGCAGUAUCUGCGUAAAGCUGAUGGCGUUCUUAUCGUGUACGAUGUUACGUCUGAGAUGUCAUUCGUCCAUGUUCGCUACUGGAUCGACUGCGUUAAAGAAGUGGUAGGUGACGACGUCGUUUGUUUGCUGGUUGGAAACAAAACAGAUCUACUGGAGCAGCAGGAAGAUAACUCAGAACAAGAAUCGACAGGCAACGAAGGCGGACAAUUAACCGCCACACUAACCAGGCAUCCGCACCGCGUAUUAACAACGGACGCCAUGAAGCUUGCCCAAACUAUGGGAUUGGAAUUUUUCGAGACAAGCGCCAAAACGGGCUACAUGAUCCAGCAGUCGAUCGUCGCUAUGGCAGCCAAGCUACAAGUGCGAGAGAAGGUCGCCAUCGAAAAGAUAGUGUUGGAAGCGGAAUCGAUGGAGGCGGAGACGGCGAACGCGGGGGGCAAAGACAAAGCCAAAAAAUGCUGUCGCUUGUGACGAGACUUGACAGUGGCCUCUGUUUUCUUCAGCCGUGUAAUUGGAUGACUUCUCUUAUAAAUUAAUGAUGUUAUGUCA